AGCGAAAGCUGCAAAGGAAGCCGCCGUAGCCAGUGGGAGCUGCAGUCCGGGUGGAGAGCUCGGCCCAGGAUGGCUGUGCCCCGCGGCUUCCCGCUGCUGGUCGAGGGCUCCUGGGGUGCCGACCCCCCCAAGAACUUGAGCACCAAAUUGCAGCUGUAUUUCCAGAGCUCCAAGAAGUCAGGAGGCGGCGAGUGUGAGGUCCAUCAGCAGCCCGGGAGUCCUCCCCGCUUUCUGGUGGUCUUCUUCCCGGAGGAUGUUCGGCAGAGAGUUCUGGAGAGAGAGAAUCAUGAGUUGGCAUUGCCAGGAAAAGGAACAUUUAAGUUAACUGUCAAGCUGCCCACAGCCCCAGAGAAAACUCAUAAAACUGCUAAGAGGGACAUUCUGACACAUGGUUCCAGGUUCAAAGACCACAUCAAGCAACCAGUAUAUACAUCAGAAGAACUAGAUACAACACUGCCUGUCUACGGAACAUCAGAAAAUGUGGAAGAUAUCCCAGAUGAACAUGAAAGUGUUUCCCCUGUGGUGGCAUUUGAAAAUCUCAAGGACAAUGUGACUGAUAUGAUGUUAACUUUGUUAGUGGAAAACAUAAGCUGCCUCUCCAGUGAUGACUUUGAAGUAGAAGUAAUACGAGAUUUUGAUGUUGCUGUUGUUACUUUUAAAAAAUAUAUAGAUGCCAUGAAAUUUGUGAAUGACUGUGCCAAGCAUGCCAGAGUGAAUCAGCUAGCACUAUCUGCAAGACUUCUUGAAGUGACAAAAACAAUCAGGGUUGAAAAUCUGCCACCUGGUGUAGAUGACCAUCAUUUGAAAGUCUUUUUUGAAAAUCCUCAAAAUGGAGGAGGAAGAGUUGCAAAUGUUGUAUGUUUUCCUGAAGAGAGUUCAGCUUUGGUUGAAUUUUUUGAUAGAAGAGCCCUAGACACCAUCAUGACCAAGAAACUUGACUUCAAUCACAUGCCCCUCUCUGUGUUCCCAUACUACACCUCUUUGGAAACAGCCUUAUAUGGAAAGGAGAAACCUCUGAUCAAGCUUCCAGCACCAUUUAAAGAAACAUUGGAUCUUCCAGUAUGGAAGUUCUUACAGAAAAAGAAUCACCUAAUUGAGGAGAUCACUGCUGAGGUGAGACGAUGCCACUGUGAGAUAGUCUGGUCCCAUGUCAAUGGUGAAGUUACCAUCAGACCUUCAGCUUCCCUCAUCAAUCAAGGGAGAAAAAAAAUCAAGUCCUGGCAGAAUGACACUUCCACAGCAUUCAAUGAAAUCAGAUCUAAAUACAAAGUUAUCUCAUUUAACGUGGAUCCAGUAGUAUGGGACACCAUGAAAAAUGAUCUAGAUGAUAAUGGGCUUUUCAUUGAAUUUGAUGCCCUUAUGAAAAUAUUAAACAUAGUGGGAAAAGCAGAGGAGGUACAAAACUUUGAGCCACAAGUUAAGCGAUUAAUAGAAAGCACCAGUCAAAAAAUUGAGAGAGAGCAGCAAAGUGUACAGGAAAAAAUGGUCACUUCACCAGGAAAGUAUUCUCUUUUGUGCCACAGUGGUAUGCUGGAGCAUCUCUGUACCGAGUGUCCAGAGAUAAAGGUGUUUUAUGAUGAAGCCACUCAACAUAUGUGCUUCAAAGGACUUCGUGCAGAUGUAUAUAAAGUAAAGUGUGAAAUCCAGGAAAAGGUCUUUGCUAUGGCUCAGAAAAGCCUUCAGGUUUCCCCCGAGGUCUUUCAGUUUCUGCAGGAGUCAGACUGUGCAAAGUUCUCUAAGUCUCUUUUCAUAGCACAGAAAAUUCUUGCAGUUUAUGAGUUAGAGGCAGCAACUGUUCUCGUAACCAGUUGUUCUCCUGAAGUCCUCAUUGAAGCUGAAAAGAGAAUGCUUAGUGCUUUAAGUUGUAAGCACAUAGAUGUUGAGGAUAAUAAAGUCCUCAGUGACAAGAAAUGGAAAGGACUCACUAGCAGUUUAUGGAAGAAGUAUAACUCUUCUUCAAAGACUGUCCUCAUCAGUGAGUCAACUUCAGGAUCCACCACUGAGGUGAUCAUAGCAGGCUGUGUACGAGAAGUAAAUGAAGUCCAUGACUCACUUUCUGACUUUCUGGAGAAGCACACACAAAUAGAGCGGUUGGUUGAAGUAAAGCCUAUCUUAGUUCUUCAUUACUUAAAGAGUGAAAUAAAGCAAAUAUGUCAGAAAGUUAAAAAGGUAAAUAUAAGGAUAACUUUUUAUCGUGACUCUAAUCCUAAAGGCUUUUCUAUAGUUGGCCCAAAAACUGAAGUCCUGAAGGCAGUAGACCUGGUCACACAAGCCCGGGACGCUGUCUGUGUUAAAAACAUUCAGAUUGAUAAGCCAGGUGCUAAGCAUUUCUUCCAGGAGAAACAACGGUUUUAUAAAAGUGAGAUUAGAAGGCUUUAUGGCUGUUUUGUUGAGCUCCUGGAGAAUGAAGCAAAGGCAGGUGGUGGCUCUGAUGGGUCGAAGUGCUUCUCUAGGACAACCUUGCCAUCUGGAGUCUCCCUGAUUGUGCAGCAGGGUAACCUGACUCAGUUUCCUGUGGAAGUGGUGGUGAAUUCAGCUAAUGAGGAUCUCAAGCAUAUUGGGGGCCUUGCUGCUGCUCUUUUAAAAGCAGCAGGUCCUGAGCUCCAAGCAGACUGUGACCAGAUAGUGAAGACAAAGGGCAAGAUCCUCCCUGGCAGUGCCACCAUCUCCAAAGCAGGCAAACUCCCAUACCGCCAUGUGAUCCAUGCAGUGGGGCCCCGGUGGACGCAACACGAGGCUCAGAGGUGUGUGGACCAGUUAAAGAGAACUGUGGAGGAGUGCCUUCGUUUGGCUGAGGAACACAAGUACCAGUCUAUUGCCAUUCCUGCCAUUAGUUCUGGAAUCUUUGGUUUCCCCUUACCCCAGUGUGUAGAGACCAUUGUCUUGGCUCUCAAGGAAAAAUUCCAACAGAAAUCAGGUGGAAACACCUUAAAAGAGAUCUACCUGGUGGAUACAACUGAGAAGACUGUUGAAGCCUUUGCUGAAGCUGUGAAAAUGAUAUUUAAAGACACUCUUCCUCAAUCAGCUUCUCUGCCCAGUUUACCUUCCAGCAUCCAGCCAGACAUUAGAAGAGAUGAUGGAAAUAGAGGGAUUCUCUUGACCCCAGAAGGCCUGAGGAUCCUGCUGGUGAAAGGAGAUGUGCAGAAUGCUGUGACAGAUGUUGUUGUCAACUCCAUUCCCAAGGAUCUUACACUUAACAAAGGUCCCCUUUCUCAAGCCCUCUUGAAAAAAGCUGGGCCAAAGCUCCAGGAGGAACUGGACACAGCUGGACAAGCAGUGACUAUUCACACGGGAACCAUUCUCCAGACCAGUGGUUACAAUCUGCACUGCAGCCAUGUGCUUCAUGUGGUAGCUCCAUCUUGGAGUAACAACACAAAUGCACACAAGGUCAUGGAAAGCAUAAUAAAAAAGUGUCUGAAGAUGACUGAGAAUUUGUCUUUAAAAUCAAUUACCUUUCCAGCAAUAGGAACAGGAAAUUUGGGUUUCCCUAAAAGUGUCUUUGCUGACUUAAUCAUUUCAGAGGUGUUCAAAUUUAGUUGCAAGCAUCAAGGGACAACUUUACAGGAGGUUCAUUUUGUGCUGCACCCCAGUGAUCAUGAGACUAUCCAGGCAUUCUCAGAUGAAUUUGCCCAAAGGGCUAAUGGAAAUUUCUCCAAUGACAAAACUUCCCAGGCUAAAGAUACACAAGGAUUAUAUGGAGCUGUUUCUAAUCCUGAUAUUGAAGUGUAUGAAAUGAAGAUUGGUGCCAUCAAUUUCCAGGUGGCCACUGGAGAUAUCACUAAAGAAAAGGCAGAUGUGAUUGUAAAUUCAACAUCAAAUACAUUUAAUCUUAAAUCAGGAGUUUCCAAAGCAAUUUUAGAAGGUGCUGGACAAGAUGUAGAAAGUCAAUGUUCUCUUCAAGCUCAACAGGGCAACAAUGAUUAUAUAGUUACUGAUGGGGGAUCAUUGAAGUGUAAGAAUAUCAUUCAUGUGAUUGGCGGAAAUGAUGUCAAAAAAUCUGUUACCAGUGUUUUGCAAGAGUGUGAAAAACGGAAGUACUCUUCUAUUUGUCUCCCAGCCAUUGGGACAGGAAGUGCACAACAAGACCCGGGUAAGGUUGCUGAAGCCAUGAUAGAUGCGCUUGCAGACUUUAUCCAGAAAGGAUCCAUCCAGUCUGUGAAAAAAGUCAAAGUUGUUAUCUUUCUGCCUCAGUUGCUGAAUGUGUUUUAUGACAGCAUGAAAAAAAGAGAAGGAUCCCAUGCUUCUCCUCAACAGUCUGUGAUAUCUAGAGUUGUAUCAAUUUUGAAUUCUAUAAGACCAUCUGCCCAGAAAAAGAAUUCCUUGAUUUUGAAAAAGAAAAGGGAAUCAUCAACUUUCCAAGUGUGUGGUAAAGAUAUACAAAGUAUAGAAGCUGCCCUAUUUUACAUACAGGAAGUGAUUGAAAAAGAACUGUGUCCAUACUCCACUGAAGAUGAGUGUAUCAAAGACUUUGAUGAAAAAGAGUACGAGGAGUUGAAUGAGCUGCAACAGAACUUGAAUAUUAACAUUUACUUGGAUAUAAAAAAACCUUUGAUUGAUGUAACAGGAAUUAGUAGAGAUGUAAUACAGGCUAGAAACAAAAUUGAGGAGAUGAUCAAAAGAGUUAGAUCAGCCAAAGAAGAGGAAUCCCGGGCAGACUGUAUCAGUGAAUUUAUCAAAUGGCAAUAUGAGGACAAGAGCACAUUUUAUAGUUUUGAUAAAAUAACCAAUUUGCAACUGGAAGAUGCAAAAAGAGCAAAGGUUAACACCGUUGAGGUCAAAAUUAAUCAACAGACCUACAAAGUGGACUUGAACGCAUACACUGCUACAGGGCCACAGGGAGACACACUGCAGGUUAAGCGCCACACAAAAUCUGAAGUUGAAAUCCCUGCACACUGGAGUGACAUGAGGCAGCAGAAUGUCCUUGUGGUGGCACUACAGCCUUCAGAUCCAGAGUACACAGCUGUGGCAAGCAAGUUUAAUCAGACCUGUGCAAACUUCAAAAUAGAGAAGAUCGAGAGAAUUCAGAAUCUGGAUCUCUGGAACAGUUACCAGGCAAAGAAAAAAGUCAUGGAUGUCAAGAAUGGUCAAACAGCAAAUGAGAAGCUGCUCUUCCAUGGGACAGAUGCUGACUCAGUGCCAUAUGUCAACACAAUUGGCUUUAAUCGCAGUUAUGCUGGAAAGAAUGCUGUGGCAUAUGGAAAAGGAACCUAUUUUGCUGUCAAUGCCAGUUAUUCAGCAAAUAAUACAUACUCCAGGCCAGACAUAAAUGGGAAAAAGCAUAUGUACUAUGUGCGAGUACUUACUGGAAUGUACACAUGUGGAUAUCAGUCAUUACUUGUGCCUCCUCCAAAGAAUGCUCAAAAUCCUACUGACUUGUAUGACACUGUCACAGAUAAUGUACAAAAUCCCAGUUUAUUUGUGGUAUUUUAUGACUACCAAUCUUACCCAGAGUACCUCAUUACAUUUAGACAGUAGCAUUUUAGAGACAUGUAGUACAAAAAAUUUUAGAAUAUUACUCUAAAUACAUACUUAUAGCACAAGUUUUAGCUUUUUUUCCUACUUAACAGCUUUUUCACACAUCAAAGGAUAUCUUUCACAACUGAAAAGAAUCACACUAGAGAGCAAAAAAAAUAUGUAGGCUGAAAUCAGUUAACUCAGUUAUAACUCCGUGUCUCACCACAGACAUCAAUUUGUAGAAGAUAUUUAUAAUUCAAAGUACUAACAUCACUGUAGUCUCUGUGCUCAGGGAAUACAUUCUGUGGAUCCCUCAAAAUUUUGUGUGCCAAUGCUUUUUUUUAUAAUUUUUACAUCACUGUGAUAAAGUUUAAUGUGUAAUUUUGCAUAAAUUAACAACAAUAAUAAAAUGAAACAAUCUAA